AUGGUGCGAACCUAUAAACCAAAGACUGAACGAUGCAAUAUAAACGAAGAAAAUAUGAAGGCUGCCAUAUCCGACGUUAUAUCGAAGAAAUUAUCUAUACGAGUAGCAGCUGGUAAGUAUAACGUUAAAACUGCAACACUGCAACAUCGUAUCGAGAAAUUUCGAAAAUCUUUUGAAGAUAGUCAAGCAUCAUCGUCUAAAUCAUACAGCUCUAAAUACACUGUUGCUCAAGUAUUCUCGAAGCAAGAAGAGAAGAUGCUUACAGAAUAUUUGUUGAACUGUAGCAAAAUGCACUACGGGUUGUCCUUACAGCAACUUUUGGUUUUGGCCUAUGAAUUUGCCGAAUACUCAGGUUGCAAAUAUCCAGAAUCAUGGAAGAAAAAUAAAUGCGCUGGGAAAGACUGGUCAAGAGGAUUCAGAAUGAGGAACCAGGAGCUUAGCCUUAGAAAACCAGAAAAUACAAGCGCAGCACGAAGUUUCGCAUUUAAUAGGACAGCAGUGAAUGAUUUCUUUGACAAUUAUGAGCUUGUAAUGCUACGGUAUAAAUUUGCUCCUGAUCGUAUCAUAAACCUUGACGAAACUGGAGUAACUACUGUUUUAUCUACCCCUAAAGUUCUGGCUGAAAAGACACAGAGGCAAGUAGGACAAAUGGUGUCUGCCGAAAGGGGAGAGCUAGUUACAUUUUGCGGAAUAGUAACUGCAACAGGUGUUGCCCUUCCUCCUGUCUAUGUCUUUCCUCGUGUUCAUUUCAAAGACCAUUUUUUAAACGGCGCUCCGGUUGGAAGUCUUGGUUUAUCAAACAGGAGUGGCUGGAUGACGGCAGAAUUGCACGUUGAAGUUCUUAAACAUAUUCAGCGGCACACAUCAUGCACCAAAGAUAAUCCAAUUUUAAUUAUUUGUGACAACCACGAGUCACAUGUUUCAAUUCAAGCAGUAAAUUUUUGUCGCGACCAUGGAAUCGUUUAUCUAUCCCUUCCGCCACACACAUCCCACAAACUACAACCACUGGAUGUUAGCGUUUUUGGCCCCUUUAAAAGCAAAUUGAAAAUAGCUUUCAACGAUUGGCAUAUUCGAAAUGUUGGUAAAACUUUAUCCAUCUAUAAUAUAGCAGAACUUACCAAAUCGGCCUUCCUAGAAUCUUUUACGCCAAGAAACAUCACAAGUGGCUUUUCAAAGCCAGGGAUUUGGCCAUUCAAUAGAUUAGCUUUUGGAGAUGACGACUUUGCUCCAAUAGAAGUUUUUGGUGCGAGAUCUCAGAACGAAGGUGAUGGGGGCGGGCUGGAUUUGGAGAGACUAGAAGUUGAUUUUGUGGGAAUCGAGACAAGUCAAGAGAGAGUGAAUGAAAACUGUGCAGGAGAUGAGAUUUUAGGUAGUGAAGCCGAUCCUCUCAAUCACCAGUCGGAUAUUGCUGCACCUCCAAACCUUGCUUCAUCAUCUUCCAGCGUUACUUCAUCUCCAAAUGUUUUUCCAUCGACUUCUGAGACUGUUUUGUCCCCCGAAGCUGUAAGGCCAUACCCAAAAAUAGUAACGAAUAAAAAAACCUCUAUAAAAGGAAGAGAAAAGGGGAAAUCUAGGAUUUAUACUGAAACACCGGAAAAAAACAGAUUGGAGAUAUUACAAGAUAAAAAAGAACGAAUGCGACAACUGAAAAUGAUGAAGGAGAAAGCAAAAGCUUUGAAAACUGCAAAAAAUUUAUUGGGACUAACGGAAACUAAAAAAUCUAGAAAGAAAAGAGUCUGUUUACAAUCACAGUCUGAUUCUGAAUCCAGUCAGAAUGAGUCGAUUAAAUUAUGUGAUGAUUACGACAAUGAUCUGGAUGAGCUACUUGACGAGGAAACUAAAGAACAUAGUUAUGCCCCUGAUCCCGAAAAUAUAAACAUUGGAGAUUUCUUGCUUAUUAAAUUUGAUAAGAAGAAAUCUACAGUUUAUUAUGUGGCCAAAGUCUUGUCCAAAUACAAUUUGACCGAGUACCAAGUAUCCUACCUCAGAAAGAAACCAGGAUCAUGCGUUUUUGUUUUUCCGAAUGUAGAAGACCUAGCUAGCGUUGAUUUCCGAGAUGUAGUUUUACAACUGCCUGAACCAAAUUUUACAAAAGGCACAUGUCGAACAUCAUCUCACUAUACUUUUUCAGUUAAUUUAAGUGCCUAUAAGGUGCAGUAG